AGCGGGAGUGUCACUUGUCCUCUGGGCAGCUGCUGCUGGACGGUUCUUGACUCGCGUUGACCAGACGAUGACUAGCGAGCGCCUGGCCGGUGGUGGCGGCGGCGGCCUGGGAAGGAUAUGGCUGGUAGUACUCACUCUCAACACCAUAGCCAGCUCCCAUCCUCUGCCCCAGGCCCCAGUUUUGGAAGAAGCGGUGGAUUUGCUGUCGGUGGCAGGUGGUGCAGUGGGCGCGGUGCUGGAGGCUGCCUCUCAACCCACCUGCUCUCUCAUCCUCCUCUCAGAUGGCACCGCCUCACCAUCCACCAUCUUCGAGGUGAUUAGUCUUGUGGUGCUGAGUACGUGGCGGGGGUGUCCCUGGGGCGCGGGGGUGCUGGAGGCGCGGACGGACGGUCUGGACGCCAACAGGACGAGCACCUUCCUCUCCCAGCUGGUCCUCCAGGCCCGACGGGUGCGACUGGGGUCAUGGUGUGUGUGGGUGGUGGUAGUCAGUCUUGACACCACCUUCCUCGCCGCCUUCGCUGAGAGGUCCCUCAAGGGGCGCCUCCUGGCGUGGGACACCAAGCUGCUGGUGGUGACUCGUCUCCCCCUGACACAGCUCCACGCCCUCCUCUCCUCCCACUGGACCUUCUCCAUGAUGGCCGCCAUCUUCCUCAACCUGGAGCCCACCUUCAACCACCUCAGGGUGGGUGUAUACAGCCACCUGCCGUACAGCCCUGAGGGCGCCCAGGUGGUGAAGGUGGCCACCUGGGGCCCUGGACCAGGCCUCGUCUGGACGUCCGCUCGCUCCCUCUUCCCAGCCAAGUUUUCAAACUUCUACGGUGCGGCGGUGAAGGUGACCGCCCUGCCCUUCCCGCCCUACUGGGACGAGGUGAAGGGCCCUGGCAACACAACGCUGUCCUCUGGCACCGACUACUACACGUUGGAAUCCAUUGCAAAGGCUUUAAACUUCACCAUCUACGUGGUGCCGACGGCUUCCUGGCCGGAGGUGACGCAGAGAGUGGAGGAGCGGGUGGCCUUCCUGGCGGCGGUGUUCCACAACUUGUUGCCGGAGCGUCUUCAGCGCUUCGACUACACCUGGGUGUACGAGUACGGGUCCUUGGACUUCAGUAUGGCUCAGCCGGGUAUCCGGCCCCAGUGGCAGGCCCUCUACUACCCUCUCGCGGGCGUGGUGUGGGCGGCCAUCCUCCUGGCGCUGCUUCUUGUUCCACUCAUCUUGCUUAUCAUUAUUCGUACGGGCGAGCGUAGAGGCGGCGUGGACCGGACGGAUGGCAGCGUUGUGGUUCACCAGCUGACGGGGAUGUUGCUGGGUCAGAACCUGCCACGACGACUGCCCACCACCAGCUCCUGUCGUAUACUGGUGAUGGUGUGGCUGGUGUUCGGUCUUAUCAUAGGGACGGUUUACCGUGGCAACCUCACCGCCUUCCUCAUGCUACCCAAGUACCCGCCCCGAGCUGAGACUCUCCAGCAGCUUGUUACUGCUGCAGACAGGAUAACGAUGCAAUCCUUCGGAGCCGACUUCAAGACGUUCUUCAGCAAGUCUGACUCGCCAGUGUUCCAGAGGUUGGGGCAGCUGUUGCACAUCGUUCCGUCAGUAGAAAUUGGUCAACAACAGGCUAUUGAGAAGAGACAAGCACACCUGGACACGAGGCGGUACCAGCAGCUGAAGAUCGCAGAGCUCUUCACCCGGGCGGACGGCAGCGCCAAGCUCUACAUCGGCCGGGAGAGCGUCCUUCUUGGGCAGUCGGCCUGGCCGGUGCUCCAUGAUGCUCCCUUCGGGCCCAACCUAGACCGCUGUCUCAUGGCUGUCGUCGAGGGUGGACUGUACGAGAAAUGGAGCACUGACCUACUUUCCGAAGCUCAGGCGAAGAGUCGUAAGAGGCAGCAGAAGGCAGCAGGGCAGGAACCAAGGUCUGGCAGCAGCCUGAGGGCCCUCACCACCACACACCUGCAGGGAGCCUUCAUGCUACUCCUGCUGGGGCUCGCCCUCGCUGGGCUCUGCUUCGUUCUGGAGGUCCUGACGCUGAUAGUCCACUGUGACAGGGGUUGAGGAUUGUUCAAAAUACAUCCCGCAGAAUACACAUAAAAAUCUACAUUGUAAUGGAAACACGCAGGAGUGAGAGGUGAUGUGGUGUUUCUUUGGUAAUUCCGGCUUAUGUUGUUGUGAAGAAAAAUAACAAGGAUCAGUUUUUCGAACAGACAACGGAUCGCCAGAGAUCAAGCUUUUUAAGUUUAAUUAAUGUUACUCUAAACAGAAUUGCAUAUUAAAAUAUAUGUCAUAAUAGCCAUAACGUACGUACAUUCUGGCUAUUAGCCUGCGUACCUAAUAGCCAGAUCGUCCUACUUGGCCUAGUAUGAAGGGCUGAUUUGCCUUAUGUAAGAGUGAUUUUCCUUUUUUUUAAUAUUUUCAAUUUGGUUUAUUUUAAUUAAUAUUAUUAUAUUAUAUUAAGAACAUGAAUUACUUAGUUAUGUUAGGUUAGGUUAGGUUUGAUCAAAUUUUUAUGCUAGUUUUAACUCAAAUUAAAAAAAAUUAAAUCACAUAUAAUAUAAUGAAAAGCUUCAUCAUUCCAUAAAAAAACAAAAUUAGACAAAUAUAUAAUUUCAGAAAAACUCGGCAUCUUAGGCAACUUGGCCUAUUAGAUACAACAUAUAUAUAUAAAUUCUCAACGACAAUAAUGAUAGGUAAUAGUAUUUCAUACACUUGGUCCUUAGGAGCCUCGAACCUCCGACCUCUUGAGCUAGAUCAUAGCUAUCAACCGCACUAUGAACAACCAGAAAUAUUCCGCACUAGUACAUAGUGACCUCGCUAUACUACAUAAUUUGCAUUCCUUUUCUUUUUCAUAGACAUCAGCACCGUAUUGAUAGUAGUAUUUAUAUAUUAAUCUAAUGUUUACAGUCAUCUGCACGCACUCCCUACAGUAAAUGAACAAAUCCAACAAGGGCCGUGACGAGGAUUCGAACCUACGUCCGAGAGCAUCCCCCCAGACGCUGCCUUAAUCGACUGAGCUACGACAUGGUCAAAAGAAUUGCAAGAUUGGUCAAAGCAUUGGAAAAGAAUUGAAUUGGUCAAAAGAUGCUUUCGGACGUAGGUUCGAAUCCUCGUCACGGUCCUUGUGGAUUUGUUCAUUUGAUGCAUCACGCUAUUGUGAUUUCUGUGUGUCCCUACAGUAAACAAACUUCGGAUCGUUGGCUAAGAUUUCUAGCGGCACAUCAUUUUGAAUUAAAUAUUUACACAUUUGUAAUCUUCAAGAAAUUCAAUUAUCUCCGAUUUGUAAUUUAGUUGUGUCUGUAUUAGUCUUAUCCGUCCGAUUGUCAAUUAAACAACCACAUAUUUGAUUCAUAUUUGUACCUACUUGAGCACAAAUAAAGUUACUUAUCAGUCUA